UUGAUAUCUAAACACUAAACAGGCCAACAUAAUUAUAGUUCACUUGUUUUUUGGAUGAUCUAUUGCUUGCAUUAUAAGUUGGCUAUUGCUGGUGGACCUCCGGGACAGAGCUGCACUUGAAGAAAUUUUUGCUUCCACACAAUUUGAUGCUGUCAUACAUUUUGCUGGGUUAAAAGCUGUGGGUGAAAGUGUGCAAAAACCCUUACUUUAUUACAAAAACAACUUGAUUGGGACAAUCACCCUCUUGGAAGUCAUGGCUGCCCGUGGAUGCAAGAAGCUUGUGUUCUCAUCUUCAGCAACUGUAUAUGGUUGGCCCAAGGAGGUUCCCUGUACAGAAGAGUCUCCACUCUCUGCAUUGAACCCAUAUGGACGUACCAAGCUUACAGUUGAAGAAAUUUGUCGUGAUAUCUACCAGGCAGAUUCUGAAUGGAAAAUGAUAUUGUUGAGAUACUUCAACCCAGUUGGUGCUCAUCCCAGUGGUUAUAUUGGUGAGGAUCCUCGUGGAAUUCCAAACAAUCUCAUGCCAUUUGUUCAACAAGUAGCAGUUGGCAGACGCCCUGCACUGACAGUGUUUGGAAAUGAUUAUAAUACAGUUGAUGGCACUGGGGUGCGUGAUUAUAUUCAUGUUGUUGAUUUAGCAGAUGGGCAUGUUGCUGCACUACAUAAACUAUAUGAUUCUCAUAUAGGUUGUGAGGUGUAUAAUUUAGGAACAGGAAAGGGAACAUCAGUCUUAGAGAUGGUUAAAGCUUUUGAAAAAGUCUCUGGAAAGAAAAUCCCACUUGUGAUGGCUGGGCGAAGGACAGGUGAUGCUGAAAUUGUUUAUGCAUCAACAGAAAAAGCAGAGAGAGAACUCAACUGGAAGGCAAAAUAUAGCAUUGAAGAUAUGUGCCGUGAUCUAUGGAAUUGGGCUAGCAAAAACCCUUAUGGCUAUCAAUCACAGGAUUCCCCAAGUAAUGCUAAUUGUGAAAUAUAGUUACUGAUCUCUUCUGGGGUCUCUUGCCAGCCCCGAUAUACCCAGGGCUUGUGAAAUCGAUUAAAAAAGGAAUUUAAAUUGUAAAAUAAUUGUGAAAUAUAGUAACUGAUCUCUUUUGUUGGGUGGCGUUAAACUAGGAAUUUUAAGUUGUAAAAUAAUUGUUAAAGAUUCUCUUGCUUUUGCUGUACAGGUUAUUUAUACAAGGGAUACUGGACAAGAUUUUCAGUUUAAAACUAGUUCUACUUUC